ACUGUCAAGAACGGUUUCCGUGUUCCGUUUUGAUGCUCACCCUCUAACUGUGCUCUCAUCACUCGAAGGUGCCAGUGAUUGCCACUUAUUCGGUGAGGCUCAAUUCUUGGCGAAGUUUGAGAUGCAGCCAUCGCAACUAGCUGCAAAGCCAGCUGAUACCGACGACACUUCGUCUCAAAGUGAUGCCAACCAAAGUUCCGAUCCCGGUUCUCCUCCCGCUCAAUGUGGUCCAAUUCGUCAAGAUCCUUCAGAAAGAAAGCCACACAGUGCGACUCAGCGUCCACGGUAUGAUGACUGGUCACCGCUUUACGAAUUGGAAAGCGUGAGCAGCCAUUCACCUCCAAGCACUGAAAGUCAAGAAACUCCGCGGGACACUUCCGUAAGCAGCUUGCCCAGUGAGGCCGAAUCCAAACGUAUCAUUUCAGGGACUCCUCAGCCGCGCAUAGCCAUCAAAGAAAAGCGAAGUCGCGGCCGUGAACGAGACAUCCGUACCAGCAAUUCUACUGGGGAGACGAAGCCGUCACCAGUAACUCAGCGAUCGCCAGCAGGCUCACCUCAUUUCCUUUUCCAAGACAAUCGUGCGAAGCCCACGAGCACAGUUACUUUCUCCAGCGAAGCUAAGCUGACCCCAAAUAUGCCUGCAUGUGCUUCAGACUAUCCCAUAUCAAUACUGAAGAAACCUGUCGAGUAUUCUUCCAGCUCAUCGGAGAGCCCAAUCAAGAGUCCUCCCUUGGAAAGUUCCGAUUCAGUCACUAAUCCAGCUCCUACGAAGGAUGAACUGUGGCUGUCCAGUAAAUUGCGUGAACGUGGAUCACACGCAAAGGUGGCCUCGGCUGACACCACAAGAACGCCACUAAAAAGCAGGACAGCCGAACGUUCGUCAAAGCUGCCCUUUCGAGUCGCAGCACACCAUGAUCUCGAAGGCAGACGGUCUGCGUCCUCUUCCCUUCUGAAGUCACCUGUCGGAUCACUCCCACCAGUCGCCUCUCAAAGUACAACGGUUUACCAAGGAAACAUCGAACCGGUAGCUAAUAAGAUUUGCACACGGCUUGGCACCACAAAAAGAAGCGAAAUUUCGUCUCAGACUUCUACUGGCGCUAGGGAGGAGGAAAGUGGCAAUCUGAGUCCGCCGAUAGCAAUUCGCGAGCCUUCGCGGAAUGGCACAAAGUGGAAGAGGCUUUUCAUCGAGCCUAGCAGCCGGCACACAUAUUGGGAGACGCUGACUGAAAGCGACACGGGUACCGCGGUCUGCGAACAAUCGAAAGGUUCAUCUGCGAUGGUUCUUCCCAGUGGCAGCGAAACUGGGAUGGGAAAUGUGCCGAAAGCAGUCGACCAAGGGGUCGGACCCGGCUCAAGAGCUGGCACUUGUAAGAAAGUCCUACUUGUAUCCGCUUCGGCAGAUCCUGCCAUUGACGCGGCACUUGCUGCGCCGGAAGGUCUCUAUAGUGGGACUAAUGUCACAGGCCUCGACAGCUACGAGAGCAGUGGCUCAGCAACCGAAGACGAAGUCGUUUCCCAGGUGCCCACCCAAAUCCACUUCCGACCAGUUCCGCUGCAAGAAACUUCCGAAUUUAGACGAAAACGUUUCCUACCAGAAAAAGGAGAGGAGCGCGGCUUUGCGACGCUCUGGAAGACUUCUAUGGUUGGCCGCUUCACCACGUCUAUGUCAACCGCUUUCCGAGACAUCCUCGUAAUGGCGACGACUCGUCGGUUCUUCAUGUUAAUUAUUUUCUGCGCAGCUACCGUCAUGCCAGCAUUCCAGUGGAUACAAUAUUCCAUCGUUUCUAAUAUAGCUGAACAGUACUAUAACGUGGGCAGCACUGCAGUGUCCUGGACAGCGAUGAUUUACUACGUCGCUUACAUCACCAUGGCGAUCCCGUGCGCGUGGAUUCUGGACAGCUACGGUCUACGCGUCGCUGUCCUCUGCGGAGCUUGUGGCUCAGCGAUCGGCUCCUGCAUCAAGUUGUUCAGCAUAGGUCCCGAUCUGUUUGCUGUUGUGCUCGUCGGCCAAGCGUUCCCGGCGCUUGCCACGGCUUUCACGUCCGCCGUACCUGCUCGGCUUGCGUCGGCUUGGUUCAAAUACGAAGAGAUAUCCACGGCCAGCUCGGCAGGCAUGCUGGGCGUUCAGCUGGGCACCGCGCUGGGAUUCUUCAUGCCGUCACAGGUGCUCGACAAGAAUGACAUCCAAGGGUCUCUCAGAGCGCUCUGCAUUGGAGUCGCAACCGCGAGUUGCCUAACAUUCCUUGUGGCUAUUGCGUGCUUCGAGGAAAAGCCUGUGCACCCGCCCAGCUUCUCGGAGAUGCUUAACCGCUUCGCGAAAACCAGGGUAUCUUUCGGGAAAGGCAUGCACGCGUUGAUAAAGGACCGCAACUUCAUCUUGUUGCUGCUCUCCUACGGAAUCAACACCGGCGGCUUCUAUUCAAUGUCGACUCUGCUCAACCCUGUGAUUACGAGCUACUUCCCCGGUGAAGAGAGCUUCGCUGGCGUUCUGGGGUUGUCCAUGAUUAUCUCUGGAUUUCUAGGGUCCUGGAUCGGCGGCGUCAUUGUCGACAAGACGGCGAUGUUCAAAGAAGUCACGCUCGCAGCCUACAUUUUUUCGACGAUGGCGAUGCUCCUGCACACGUUCGUGCUCCUCAUGCACUGGCAUUCACUGACCGUCGUAGUGUGCGUGUUCUUGGGCUUCUUCAUGGUGGGCUAUAUGCCUCUCGCGGUGCAACUCGGUGCCGAAAUCACGUAUCCGUUGAACGAAGCGCUGCCAGCGAGCCUGCUAAGCAUGUCCGCGCAAGGCACGAGCCUGGUCCUGACACCUAUUUGCAGUUUCGUGAUCGCCAAAUUUGGACACGUCGCCUCGAACGUCGCAAUCACUGGAAUGUUAGUGAUCGGCUGCCUGAUGAUGGCUAUGCUUCGCACAGAACUUAAGAGGCAAAAGGCUUUCAUGCGUGUGCAGCGAAAGCGCGCGAUUACGGUUCCUCGCUAUGAAUCCGGUCGCGUGCCGAGCUCGCCCAGCGAAGAGUUGGACACAGAAACUGAACGAAGCAAAGACACUGCGUCUUCGGUAUAAGUUGCUGCCUAUCAGGCAAUCUUCAAUUGUCGUCCUUUAUUUGUGUUUCUCGCCCAGUAUUUUCGAAAUUUUGAAGCAACUGUUUUCUGGCUAUGAGUGUACGAUUUCAGCGCUGUCUUUUCGCUUCAACAGAAUGCACCUUAUGUUGCUGUGUAAGGAGCUGCGGCUUCUUGUAAAGGCAGCUUCUGUAACAUGCGUGAUUUUGUGUUGACGAGAAUAACAGGUUCGAGAGAGAAUUCUGUGAGAUAUCGCUCUGCA